AUGCUAUUAUUGGUUCUUUAUUACCUCUUCACUCCAACUGAAACGAUGAAAUUACCAGAUGUCUACUGGAAUUCAACGAAUGCGCUAUUGGAACAAUACGUUGCCAUUGGAGAUGCAAUGGACAUUGUUUGCCCUUUCUAUGACCCCGACGUCGAUUUUAUGGAUACCGAACAAAGCAUCAUUUAUAGGGUUUCCAAAUCGGAUUACGAGUCUUGCACCCUAUCGUCCACAGCAAAAGAAUUAGGUCGUUGUAUUUCACCAAUGAGAAGGGACAAGGUCAAAGUUUCCUUCCGGCUACUUAGUCCGAAUCCAUCCGCUCUGGAUUAUCGGCCUGGACAUACUUACUACUUUAUAACCACUUCUACUGGUACCCCAUGGGGACUGGACAACACCAGAGGAGGUUUAUGCUCCACACAUCAGCUCAAAAUGAUUAUACAUGUCGGAGAUUACGGUCACCAUCAUCAUCAUCGUCAUCACAGGAGACCCACAACCACCACCGAAUCACCACCACCAGAGGAAUCGGACUGGCCUGCCGAUCCACUGUGGACGAAUAUCUUCCAGAAAGUAGAAACCGUCGGGAAUAGCAUUUGGUCUACAGUAACGCGAGGCGAGCGAUUGUCGCAACGACACGAAUACGAAUCCGUACCGUUCAACGACAACAUUGAUUUUCAGAUACAUGAAAUUGGCGAUGUGGAAAGCCUCUUCAUGUCGUCGUCAUCCGUUCUUACUUCGGUGCCACUAUGGAUUCUAUUAAUAGUGGCUGCACUGCUAAGGACCUAG